GGCCAAUAUAAACAUGACAAAAAACCAUAUAAAACUUAUCACAAACAAUACAUAAACUAAACUAUUGAGGUAGUUUAAUAUGUCUCCUGCCUCUGAUAAAUCUGGUUCAAGUGUUUUUGAGACAGGAAAGUACACAACAGCUCUUGUGAAAGUUGAAGCAGAAACUUCAUGUCUUGGUAAGAACAAGGCUAGUUCUUUGACUGUAGCGCCUCCAAAGCAGCUCUUGAUUGCCACUCCAUCAGAUGCAGAAGCAGGAGAAUUCCCUGUAUUAUUGCUUCUACAUGGUUACUUAUUGUACAACUCAUUUUAUUCCCAGCUUAUGCAACACAUAGCUUCCCAUGGCUUCAUUGUCAUAGCUCCUCAGUUAUAUACGGUUGCUGGACCGGAUACAACAGAAGAAAUUAAUACCACAGCUGCAAUAACCAAGUGGCUAUCUGAAGGACUCCAAGGUUUUCUCCCAAGUAGUGUCAAGGCAAAUUUGCGCAAAUUAGGACUUGCAGGCCAUAGCAGGGGAGGCAAAGUUGCCUUCGCGCUCGCUCUCAAGAAAUCACUUGCCUCCAAAUUUUCAGCUAUAAUAGGCAUUGAUCCAGUUGAUGGCACAGACAAGGGAAAGCAAACCAAUCCACCAGUGCUGACAUACGUUCCUCGUUCCUUUGAUCUCAAUAUGGCUGCAUUGGUGAUUGGCUCUGGUUUGGGGGAAAUAAAAAGGAAUGCCUUAUUCCCGCCUUGUGCUCCGAGUGGGGUGAAUCAUAAGGACUUUUACAAUGAAUGUCGCGAACCAGCAUGUUACUUUGUUGUGAAGGAUUAUGGACAUACUGAUAUGCUAGACGACGAGACUCCCGGGAUCAGAGGGAAGGCUUCACAUUGCUUGUGCAAAAAUGGCGAGUCGAGGGAACCCAUGAGGACAUUUGUUGGGGGCAUUAUGGUUGCGUUUUGCAAUGCUUAUUUUAAAGGAGAUUUCGGUGCACUGACUCUCAUUAGAGAUGGUGAUGAGACACUGCCUGUGAUGCUCCAAACCAUAGAGUUUUUGAUGUGAAAGUACACACUUUAGCUGCUCUGGAAUGAUAUCGAAUGGUACACCUUUCUGAAGAUUAUUUAGCGAUUAUAUAGCAAUGAAAUCUACCUUGUCCAUACUGGGGAAUUUAUAUCUUUCCAGCAUCUCUGAUUUGUUAAUAGUGGCGGAACCAGAGGGCAGAGGGGGGCUAGGGGAUGCUAUAGUCCCCCCUAACCUCGAAAAAACAGUGUAUAUUUUUUUUCAGCCGUCGCUAAAUUUGUGAUGUCGAUAUAAUUUUAUUA